CGAAUGUUUCCUUCGAUGCGUCUUACCGUGGAUGGUUUGGACGCGGAUACCAAUUACUGUGUACUGCUGGAGAUGAUGCCCAUUAGCGACUGUCGGUUCAAGUUUAGCGGGUCCCAAUGGGUUCCGGCGGGUGGCGCCGAGCCACAGAGUCCGCAACGGUUCUGCCUUCAUCCGGAUAGCCCCGCCCUCGGGACGCACUGGGCCUCACAACCGAUUGUAUUUAACAAGGUGAAGCUUACCAACAACACGCUGGACAACAAUGGACAUGUUGUGCUGACCAGCAUGCACAAAUAUCAACCGAGAAUACACAUCAUCAGAACUGCAGAUCCAUCGCAGAUUCCGUGGGCCGCCCAGCAAGCGUUCGUGUUCCCUGAGACGGAGUUUGUGGCUGUUACUGCUUAUCAGAACGAUCGAAUAACCAAACUGAAGAUCGAUAACAACCCGUUUGCCAAAGGAUUCCGCGAGACGGGCCAGUCGCGCUGCAAGAGGAAACUAGGCAGCAGCAGCAGUGGUAGCAGCAAUACAUCAACGUCAUCCUCCUCGUCGUCAUCGUUGUCGUCCUCCGGAACAUGUGGCCAAAUGACAGAUGACGAGGAUCGCAACGAUCUACAACAGCUCCAUGAGGCAAAGCGGGCCAGAUCAAACGAGCUGUCGGAAUCGAUGGACCCCGGCCGGCUGCUAAUUGGUGGACUGGAGCACGGAAUGGGGCCCGACGCGUUGCGACUGCAGAUGCAUCGAAGGUUUCCGCCGGGUUCUAGUGCGGCAGCUGCCGCCGCCAACGAACUACUGAUGCGUCAGUACAAUCAAAUGUUCAAUCCCAGCUGGAUGGAUCUGAUGAUGCCGUACUUUGCCCGGAACCCGUACCAUCCGCACCAAGGGUUGGGACCGCAACAUGCACCCCAUCAGCUGGGACAUCCCUUUCUACCGGUGACGGUGAAUCAUCAGUUGAGUCCGGCACCGGUGCCACCGCAAAUAUCACCCACGGAAUCCAUUCCCGAGUCGGACCGAUCGUCCGCCUUCAGUGUGACACAACCGCUGAGCUCGGAGGAUGUGCAUCCGGUUCGAUCGUCACCCGCUUCGGUGGUGGAGUCUUCAUCGGCGAGGAGCCACGCUGAGGAUGAUCCGCCUAUCGAACAGCGGGGAGAUGGGAACGAUGACAGUAAAAAAGUGAAUUUCAGUAUUGCAUCCAUAUUGCUUCUGUAGGAGAAUACCUGUGUGAUUUAGAUUUUUAUAUCUGAUGUAAUACUCCCGUGUGUAUAUUUAUGAACUCCUCGGACACCUCAUUAUCAAGUGCCUUUGCAUUUUCUGUGAAUGUAUUGAGAUUGUGAAUAAGAUUUACUGCUUUGAAUAAAUGAUAUUAUUUGAUUUUAUGAAA